UAGGCAUAAGCCUAUUAGCAACAAAUCUGGUGGAAGAUUAAACUUGGGUACCAAGUUUUGAUAUGUGUGGUUUGAUACAUUUGUUCAUGACAUAAGCCAUGACAUCACAAGCUUGGAGACCAAGUACUUCUUGCUAUAAAUAGAAGAGCUACCAUCAGUUGAAAACACACCAAAACAAUUUGAAGAGCUUCUCUUUCUCUUUGUCUUCUUCUUUUCUUUUAGAGUAUUAUUGUAAGAGAGUUGGGAAAUACUUGUGUGAAUCCUUCUUUUGGAGUGAUCUCGAGGUAUUAAGGGUUCUGAAAGGUAUUAAGGGUAGAGAUACGUCAUCAAGGUGACGCUACAAGAUCUCCUGGGUGUUCACUCAACCAGUGAAGGAACUGGAAUAAGGACAUCUGUUGUUGACUACUUCCGGCAGAAGUACAACCUUAGACUCAGGUAUCUAAUGUUGCCUAGAUUCAGGCUGGCAGCGAUGCAAAGCCCGUGUAUAUAUGGAGAUUUGCCUAAUCGUCCCAGGAUAAAGAUACGCAAAAAUGUUAAAUCGCAGGCAGGUUACAGAGAUGCUAAGGCAGACUUGUCAAAGACCACCAUUGAAGCACGGGUUCUUCAGCUUCCAAUGCUAAAGUAUCAUGAGUCUGGAUAAGAGUCACGAGUGGCUCCUAGGAUUGCUCAGUGGAAGAUGAUUUUAGCUACGUUUUCAACAUCCUCUUUGUGUACGCCUGCACAACAAUAGGCAAUCCAUUCUCCAUUAUUCCAAUAUGUUUUAGGUAACGGGAUGAGAAGGUAAACGAUCAUCAUCUUUCCAAGUAUAAUUGAUACUAGAAUUAAGAAAUCUCAACAAAUGGUGUCAAUAGCGUUGACCUGAUCCUUGAAGGUAUAAAGGUGAAACUUUGGUUAUGCAAGAUACCAUAUGACAGCUCCAACAAAAGUGGGAUUAACAACAUAGGAAAUAAGAUAGGUUUACCUGCGACGACAUAACAUGUUAUAAUACAUUGAUACCAUAAGAGUUUUUUUAGAUUAUCAGAGUAUAUAAGUUAAAUCCGACUGAUCUCAAAGAGUUAACUAAAACACUAACCACAUUGAUACCUUCUACCACCAAGACUUAGAGUCUCGUGAUAUAUGUGAGAGUCUCUUACACGGUAUGUGUCGAUUCAAUUAGCGUUGUCCCGGCCCUUUCCCCCUUUUCCUUUUUCUAAUCCCCUUUGUAUGUUAUACAGAAAAAACAUGUUAUAGAGAAAAAAAGUUGAAAUAAAUAUAGCGUUUCACUUUUUAAACUUGGAGGGUUCAAAUGCAUUUGAUCUGGUAAGUUUUUGUUUAGUGAUUCUACUAGUUCUGUAAUCUACAUUUUGUGCAAUACAUUAGUCCUCAUAUAGAUACACAUUGAACUGCCGUACAAUAUUAAAAAAAAAAAAAAUUAAACUUUUACUGCUAGAUUAGUUAAGUAUCCAUGUAGAGGUGGAUUCAAGAUUUAAGGGCAGUUUUCUAGGUUACAUAUCGUUUACUUUUGUGCGUGUGUGUGUGUGCGCGCAUGCACGUGUGUAUAGCCUUUCUUAUGCUAGUAAGGGUUUCCUUUAUAAUCCACAAUGAUAUAUAUAUAUAUAUCAAGGCUAAUUAAUAGUUUGAUAUGCUUUAAUUGAACUUACUAGUUCAUAAAUGAAGUGUAUGUAAUAUCAAAGUUAUGAUCUUUUUUCUUCAGCCAUAUUGAAUUCUAUUCUUGACCAAAGCAAGAUAGAACAAGGGAGGAUGCAACUUGAAGAAGAAUCCACAAUGAUAUAUAAAUCAAGGCUAAUUAAUAGUUUGAUAUGCUUUAAUUGAACUUACUAGUUCAUAAAUGAAGUGUAUGUAAUAUCAAAGUUAUGAUCUUUUUUCUUCAGCCGUAUUGAAUUCUAUUCUUGACCAAAGCAAGAUAGAACAAGGGAGGAUGCAACUUGAAGAAGAAGAAUUCAAGAUGGAAGAUCUACUAGAAAAUGUUGUCAACAUCUAUUACCCGAAUGCAGCGAUGAAGAAUGUUGACAUGUUACUAGAUCCGUGUGAUGGUUCUGUCGCAAGAUUCUCUCGCGUUAAAGGCGAUAGGGGAGAAUUCAGACGAAUACUGAGUAACUUGUUGCAUAAUGCAGUUAAAUUUACCUCAGAGGGCCACAUUACUCUUAAGCUUGGGCUCGAAAACCAUUUUGGUCAAACUUCCAAUCUUGCUCCGAGUAUAAGUAAUUCUAGUAUUGGUUGUGUGUCAUGCUUACGUUUACAGAACGAUGAAUCUUCCGCAGAAGUGCAAGUACUGAAUAGAGUUCAGCAAGAUCCCAACUGUGUGGAGUUCCUAUUCGAGGUGGAUGAUACGGGGAAAGAAAUUCCCAAAGAGAAACAGAAAUCAGUUUUUGAGAAUUAUAUAUGUUCAAGUGAAUGAUCAAACAACUUCUGUUCAUGGAUCACAAGCAGGCACUGGCUUAGGGCUCGGGAUUACUCAGUCGUUGGUUCGGUUAAUGGGAGGUGAAAUAGGUAUCGUCGACAAGAAAAUUGGUGAAAAGGGCACUUGCUUUAGAUUCAACAUAUUCCUGAAAGCAUGGGAUCAGCCUCAAGCUCAAGAAAAUCAAGCAGUUAGCGUUAAUUAUGCAAGAGAAGAAGAUUUGGAGUCUCAGUUAGGAGGUAUAUCUAGUGACUCCUAUUAUGGUAUCACUAGCCAUCAAAAACCAGAAAAUUCCAAUGUCGUUCUUUUCAUUAAGGAGGAAGAAAGAAGCCGAGUUCUUUGUAGAUUCAUCAAGAAGAUAAUAGGCUUAAAGGUAUAUGUUGUGAAUCGACACGAGGAUUUUUCUCAAACUCUCAAGAAGGUAAUAAGGAAUACAACCAACUUUGCAUCAUACAACUCCUCCUCAUCCUCAGGGAAAUCAAAGGAAAUUCCUCUCAGUGCUUCGGAUGGAACGGGUAUCAAUGAUCAUAUCAAUAUCUCAUCAUUUCAGAGGAGGGGUGGAGGACUUAUAAGAUUCAUCUUGAUCAUAAUUGACACAAGUGUUGGACUAACUCGAGAAAUAGGCCGUGCUAUGGCUGAGUACCGGAAGGACUUUCCCAAGAAUGUGUCCCUUCGAGUUGUUUGGCUCGAUAAACCAGGUGUAGAGGAGGAUAGGCUACCUUCGACAGAUAUAGUCAUGGCAAAACCACUACAUGGUUCUUGUUUAUAUCGUGUCCUCAAAUUUGCACCAGAGUCUGAAGGUACAAAUUUACCAACCGUCACACAAGAAAUAAAGGAUGAAACAACUUCAAGAAUGAAGAUUCAGCAACCUCCAAUGAGGUCCGGAAGUCCACCCUUAGAAGCGAAGAGACAGGAUAUAUCUGUUGAUGUUAACGGAAGUCCUAGUGAGAACUUACCUUUAACAGGAAAGAAAAUUUUGGUGGUCGAGGAUAAUAGAGUACUACUUAUGAUAUGCAAAACCAAGGUUUCUAGCUCAACCACUGACACAUGCGAAAAUGGUGAAAAAGCUCUAGCUCUUGUCCACAAAGUCCUUAGUGAUCAAUGUGAUAUAGGGCCAUCCACUCCUUCACCACCAUUUGAUUAUAUUCUGAUGGAUCCUCCAAAAAUGCCUUUCCACCCACGUCAGAUCCUAAAAAAUGCAUAAUGUUGAAGGAUCAGACAUAAGUGUGAUGACACCU